AAAACUUGUCAACAAUGACAAUCAUCAAAUUGAUUAAUAGGCAUAGAAUCGAUCGAUUCUGGUAUUAUUUUUUCGUUGUGAUAAUUCUGUUAAUAUCUACUAUCAUUGUUCCAGUUUGUAUGAAUGAAGUAAAUGAAUCAUCAUCAACAACGUCAACAACAGUAUCGACAAUCAAAAUAAAGCCAAAAAAUUCGGAAUUAUUAUCAUAUAAAAUGUAUGAUAAUGAUGAUGGCCUAAUUCCAAUAUUUGAACGUGUACCAAAUUCCAAUUAUCUUCAAUUAAGUCGUAUGCAACGACAUACACAAACAAAUCGGAAACGAAAUCGUUUCAAUAAUAAUGAUGACGAUGAUGUACAACCAAUAAGACAUCGACGACGUAAUCAUAAUCGUCGUCGUAAACCAUCGAUUCCUGCCAAUUAUUCUCGACAAUCUUUUGAAUCAUUACGUUCAUCAAUUAUAUAUUCAAAUUUGGGAAAAGCAUUACCAUCAAUGUUAGCUAAACAUAGCCGUGAAGGUUCUUGUAAAACUGUACCAUUUGAACAAAAAAUUCAACAUCCAGGAUGUAAAAGUCGUAUUGUUAAUAAUAAUUAUUGUUUUGGAAAUUGUAAUUCAUUUUAUAUACCAUCCGAAUCGAAUCAAACAUUACCAUUUCAAUCACGUUGUACUUGUUCACCACGUCGAUAUCGUUGGAAAAUUAUUCGUCUUCGUUGUCCAUUAUUUCGACAUCGUUUUUCACGUCCAUCUUCUUCAUUGUCAUCAUCAUCGGCAACAAUCGAUUCAAUCGAUUAUGAUGUAGAUGGAUUUGAUACAAAUAAAAUUUCAUUGAUUGCAAUGAAUACGGAUGAUGAUAAUGGUGGUGUUGGUGGUGGUGGCGAUCCAAUCGAAACACCAAAUAUGGAUGAUAUUGAGAAUGGACAAAUUGAACGACCAUUAUUACAUACGUUUCAAUAUAAAAAAAUUCAAAUUAUAACCAAAUGUCGUUGUCAGACUUGAUCAAUUUGUGUCAUAUAAUUCUUUUCACAUUUGUUUUUUCUUAAAAAAAAAUUCAUUCAUUUCAUUUCGUUUGCAUUUUUUUUCCAAUUCUGAUCAUCAUUUCU